UAAAAUAGGCAGUGGUAUUAUGAUCGGUAGAGAACGACGUUUGGGAUUGGAAACAAAAACACAAACAACGGAGUAUAGAUACUAAUUUUUAAUGAUUCGAUUUCUUUUUUAGUUAUUGCAUUAUUAUUUGCUAAAGUUAUAAGCACGGUUCUUCGUUUUCAAUCUGUAAGGAACCGUUGAAUCAUUAAUUUUUAUUUGUUGCAUGUUAACUGUGAAUCAAGAUGUUGGAAACAAAACAGGAUUACCAUAGGGCGUCAAAUGGAUUGGUCUAUGGAGGAGUGCUUGCAUAUGUUGGGUCAAUUUUCUUACUAAUUUCAUUUAUAAGUCCAUACUGGGUUCAGUCAUAUGAAGAGACGUUCAGUGCCUUCAAACACAUGGGUCUUUGGCAGUAUUGCUUUGACCAAUUUCGCUUCCCCUAUCAUCAGUUUGAUCAAAUGUUUGAUGGCUGCCACUACAUCUACAGUGAUGAAUAUUAUGUUAUUCGUGAAUGGCUUCUACCAGGGUGGCUACUGGCCAUCCAGGCUUGGAUGACGUUGGCCUUCCUACUAGUAUUUGCCGCACAGGUGAUCAUUGCUUUGAUUGUCAUCCGUUACCCACUUCGGGGGAUUCUGCACUACGAGUGGCUGCUCACAGGCAUAGUCUUUAUAUGCGAGGCUAUCUCUUCGUUUCUGAUAUUCCUCUCAGUCUGGUUGUUCUGGACCCAGUCCUCUAGACGUGACUGGCUCAUGUAUCCCAACUUCAAUCAUAUCUCUUAUUCCUACUAUUUUGGAGUAUUCUCUUUUCUCAUCCAUACACUGGCUUCAUACAUACUUUACUGGGAUGCACGCAGAGCUUACGAUCUACGACGGGAGAGCAAGAAUCUUGUGAUGCAGAUGUAUGACCCCAACUCUCGUAAUGGUUUUAUGUAAAUGUUUUAUUAGAAAAAUAAUAGCUGCUCAUCUUCAAUCAAAAUCUUGCAAUGUAUUUGGAAUCAAUAACUUACUUUUUAUGUAAAGAAAGAUAUAUUUUCCAUAUCAAUACUAGUGAUAAAAGUAUAUAUUUUACAAACGUUUUUAGAAUGGAUAAAAUAAUUUAUAGACAAAAUUAUUUGUUAUGAUACUGUAAUAUAGUAAACCUAUAUAUUAACAACUAGUGUUUUAUAGUAAGACCUUGAUUAAUCAAAAGUUAUUCAACCAAGACGUCAGUUCACCCUUUCACUGCUAACAUCUGCCUUUUCAAAUGACUGCAAUCUUCAUAUUAACUGCCAGCACUUUAUAUAAAGUUGUUUGUGAUGGUUUCAUUUAAUUUUUUUACAUUACAAAGCAAAAAAUAAAGAAAUAAAACCCAUGAGUGGGUUGGUUUUUUUCUUUUUAUUUUAUUUUUUCCGAUAUUUUAUGUUUGGUUGAUUUUUGUCACUUCCAUGUAAGUUUCUAUUUUUUUCUUUUUCAAGUUUUCACUUAUUUAUUUUUCUACAGGUUAUUACAUCAUUAAAUAUUUGAAACACUGAACAAAUAUUUAUAGAACAAGAACUUUGUGAAAAUUUGCAGCUGUACAUGCUUGUUACCAUGUCGGUUGCCUGCAGAACAAUACCUUAAAAUUUCAAGAUUGAACUUAUAUUAUUUCUGAGGUCAUGACUUACUGACGAUCCCAGUUCCCGAUGUGAUUACCAACCUUUGGUCCACCAAGGUCCUACUGUAAUAAUUGAGGUUUGUUAGGAAUUAAAACAAUAAUGCCUAUCAGUCAUCUUCUGACACUACUAGUUAUGAAUGAUAAGUUCUUACAUUAAGUAAACACAGUUGUAAUUGAUAACUUCAUCUAAUGUUUGAGUUACAAAACGUGAAGGAAAAAUUGCAUUUGCAUUGUAUUACCACUCUCCUGUUGUUGAUUUAAAGACUUAAAGUACCGUACAUAUUCCAUCCAUUUAUUAUUUUUAGUUAUUGUAUAUAGAUUAAACAGAUAUAAAUAUAUUAUUUUUUAGAUUUUUAUAUUUAAGUAUUUUAAAUAUAUUAGUAAUUAGUAUUUGAAUGAACAAUUUUUUAUUUUACAAUGGACGUUUAUAACUAUAUUUGUUGUGGGAAUGUAAUUAUUUAUAUUCAUUACGAAGACAGGAUCUUUUGUCAUAUAAGUUUAUUUUCUUUGAUUGAAUUUUUAAUUUAAAAUGAUUUUAUUAGAUCUGAUAAUGUUAUACUGUAUAUGUUACUCUGGAUGCCUUGUUACUUGGCCUACCUCCCCAGACUUGCAAUCUCAUCUCGAUAGCGUACGUUACUCUAGUAUAGUUGGUUAAGCACACCAUUCUGGCCUUAUUCAUAAAUCGUUGUUAGUGGUUGUUGAGCCGUCAGUUAUUUUCUUAUCAAUUUUAUACAGUUUUGCUGUUAACAUUUUACAUAUUCACGUUAUUAUUAUUCAUGAUUUGCUUUUGUUUUUGCUUCUUUUAUUACUGUAGUUCAUAAUAAUCGGUCCCAAUUUUUCCAGAUUCUUUAUUCAGUGAAGGUACCUGAUAAUCUACUAAAUGAGGCUUGAAAUAGUGUCUAACGUUGCUUUAUUGAGAGUGUACAUGAAAAUAAUAACCGUUUUACAAAUAAAAAAAAAAGUAUUAACUAAUGUUGUACAAGUUCAUAGCUAGCAAGAAUAUAGCAAGCAACUUUUCUUUGGAUGUUACAUGUUAUUCCAAUUUUAAUACCACAGGCCUAAAAAAAUAUUGAUUAGUGUAGAACUCAUGGGUGUAAUAUUAUCCUCAAGAUUUGAUAGUUCUUAAGUCUAGGUAUUCUCAUACAUUUUCAGAGACUUUUGUUAGUUUAGUUUUUCUUGAUAGUAGUAAUAUUAAUAGCAGUAAAUUUUAAGUAUGUUGGAAUUGUGUAAUAAAUUGCUUUUUAUUUUUACUACAAUUAUUAAGGUGGAGGAAAGAAAUCUAACUUUCAAAUGGCAAUGGAAAUUGGCAAUCAUUGAUUUUUCUAAAAGUUGGAAUAAUUGAGGACCGAUUUAAGGAUAUGUAGUUAUUUGAAACUACUAAGCUUAUGUACAAAGUCAUGUACUGUUUUAUUUUCUUAACCCUUCAGCAUGGGAGUUUCUUUGAAUCACACUACUGUCUGCCAUGCGAGUUUUUCUGCUCAUGAGAUACAUUUUUUACUACUAUACACUACACCUCUUAACAUGUAUAUAUAUUUGAUUACCUGUUGGAAGCACAAAAUAAAACACUUCCAUUAUUUUCACAAAACAAUUAAACCCAGCAACUUAUCUGGAAAUUGGAUUGUGUAUGGUAGCUUUUGAAGCAAAUUUCAAUACGAAGUACAACAUAGAAGACUAUGAAAAAUAACAAAAUGUAAACAUGCUAUGUCGGUAGAAGGUUUUGAUAUAUAUUAUUAUGUUUAGCCAUUCAGCUGAUUUAAGCCAUCUUUUUAGUUAAAAAAUUAACUGAAUAAAACAAAAAUGAAACCAUUGUAUAAUGAAUGACACAUUCUUUAUCUAUCAUGACAAUAAAUGCUUGGAAUGGUGUAGUGCCACUGAUAUAUCGAAUAGGAAAACUGUACACAAAAGUGUGAAAGGGCCGCAGCUCAGUGAGUUUACCAAACGAGACUGUUACAUAAAACUAUGCUGAAGGGUUAUAAGCCUACACAAAUAUGUACUGGUAUGUAAUUUAUUUUUUAUAUUUUAUAAUCCAUGCAAUUGUUCAUAGCAAAGCAGCUGUCAAGCAAUUACUAAUAGCAUAAAUAUUUACUUUUUAUGGCACAGAUAUGUUAGUCUUAAUGGCACAGUAGUUAAACUAGUGUUUAUCAUUAAGUUUCUACACUUAGAACGUAACAAUAAUUAAUUGAAUUAGUUUGAAUUUUUCAUUUGCAUUCUUAUAUAUUAAGUUUAGUCCUAAAUGUACUGUAUAUACUUCUCCUUUUUAGUAAUUUUAUGAGAAAGUGAACUAAGUACGCUGGUCUUUCUUUAAUUUGUUUGGAAUAAUACAAUGUUUUUAAAAACAAGUUUAUUUUUAACUGACACAGUACUAAAUUGUUAUUUUUGCCACUUCUGCCAGCUAAGGAAGGGAAAAGUAGAAUUAUGGAUCCUUGAAGUAUCCAAAACUGUCAGACUUUUAGCCAACUCUAUUUCAUGUGUCACUGGAUAGGGUGUGGUGUACACAUAGUAAUAGCUGAACCACAUUGUGUUGGGUGUGUCUUCAGCUGAACCACUUUGUGUUGGUUGUGUCUUCGGUUUUUAUUUUUGGCCAUAAACUCAUCCCAACUGAGACUGUACAGAAGUGUGUCACAAAUUGGACAAUGAAUGCUUACCAACGCAUUCAACUUUACUUGUUUCCAUCCCGAAAUUAGGAUUUGGGUAGUAUCCACAUGUAGCUUGUAUCUGACCAGGUUGGAUAGUAUAUGAGGUAGUUAGUCCCUUUGCCUAUCCACAAUCCAGGUGAUAGAAAUAUGUACAUUUAAUUUUUUACUAAAUGUUUUAAAAAUUUUUUUUUACAUAAGCA